AUGUCAACCACACCACCACAACCCACCAAGACUGGUCCUCAAGACUUCAACGUCGCGUCAUCCAUAGCAUCCGCAUCCUCUGCCUACCAACUUUACUACGUCCGUUUUUAUUCUCCCACGAAUAAUUCGAAAGGUCCUUCAUCCUACGCACUCGGCUACCGUCCACGAUGGGGCAAUGGUCCCAUCGAAACAUCCACCACGAUCUACAUCGCAUGUGCGCCCGGCACCGCGGGUCGAGCCGCCGGCAAAGCAUACCGAGAAACGAACAUCACGGCUGAGAAGAGAGAAAGAAAUUUUUCGAGGGCCGAUGUAUAUUGGUUGGGUAAAAUCAAUAAUGUGGAUAGGUUGGUGGAGAUCAUGGGGGAUGUGGGUUGGAUAGGGGAUGUGAGGAUGGAGAAAUCUCAAAAGAUUUGGUGUGAGAGGGUGGCUCUGUGGAUUAAUUGGGAUAGAACUUGGGUUGUUGCUGGGCGGGUUAACUUGCCGAAGGAUAAGGAGAGGGUUAAAGGGGUUUGGACUUUGGGAAAUUGA